AUGAACGGCGAACCUUCUCCUGGCCUGCUGGCCACUGCCGCAACCUUUCCCCAGAUGAAGCGCGCAUUGAGCGGCGACCGCGAGAUGCCCAAGCGCUCAGAACUCGUCGACUACAACUACGCCGUCGCUGGACAUGCUGGUACAUUGUGCGACGCCGACGGCGAGUUGUUCAUCAAGCCCUGCACCAAGUCCGAGAUUAACUUUUACGAGUCCGCCCAUGAGCUGCAUCCAGACUUUGCCGACCUCAUGCCGCUCUACUAUGGUAGCCUCUCGCUGACUGAAAAUACCACGGACCAAAUGAUACAUGACGCGAUUCCCGCCAUUGUCGAGAAUGCAGACGUACCUGCUGCCAUCAAGGAGGAAGUCCAGUCGCAUUUGCACCUCGAUCAAAGAUCCACGGCCCCCGUCAUCCCCGAGCUUCAGCGCGCCGCUACCGAUGGCGUGACAUGGGUGCCCAACAAGAGCCGAAAAAUCACGACAGACCGCGCUGUUGUGCUGCACAAUUCGAGCUUUGGCUUCAAGAAACCCAACAUCAUGGACGCCAAGCUGGGACUGCGACUGUGGGCAGAUGAUGCCCCGCUUCAGAAGCGGGAGCGCUUUGACGAGAUUGCAAACUCGACUACUCACAAAAAGUACGGAUUCCGAGUCGCUGGCAUGCGCGUCUACAAGGGGUCUGCAGACCCAACAGAGCUGGACGAGGAAGGCUUCAAGGUUUACGACAAGUACUGGGGCCGGGAUACCGUCACGGAGGAAAACGUGCUCGACAUGCUCAAGGCCCAUUUCAUUUUCAACAAGAGGGCAGGCAUUGACGAGGAACUUGGCAAGCUUGUAGCCCAAGCAUUCCUGGCCGAUUUGCAAAGGGUGCAAGAAGUACUGGAAUCCCACGAGAGUCGCAUGUACUCUUCUAGCCUGCUGUUUGUGUUUGAAGGCGAUGGCAAGGCUCUCAGAGCCGCCAUGGAGGAAAAGACGGCCCUGGUUCAGGAAAGAGAAACACGCAGAAGCGAGCGAGCGUCAGUACACAAAGCCUCGCCCUCUGUGCCAUGCGCUAAUCUUCGUGUCGAUAGUGGGAUCGGCAUGGACGAUGACGGACAAGCUGUCUUUACAGCGACCGUGUCGGAAGUGGUUGGCGAUGAAGACGGCUCCGAGAUUUCAUUCGAGUCGGAAGACUUUUCGAGCGAGCCUUCCAUCUACAGCCUAAAGCUCAUUGACUUUGCACAUGCAAAGUGGGUUCCUGGACAAGGCCCAGAUGAAAAUGUUCUCCUCGGCGUACGGAGUUUGGUCCAACUUUUUGAAAAGAUGACACAAUAA